AUGAAGUAUCUUCAUGAUUUGGGAAAUUCAGACAUCAAUUUGGCAGGAGGCCGGUACGGCACUGCUCUUCAGUCGUCAUGUGUCGCUGGACACCUGGGAGCCUUCAACCAUCUCAUCGAGUGGGGUGCUAAUGUCAAUGCUAAAGGGGGCGAAUUUGGCACUGCGCUCAAUGCAGCAGCGGCUAAAGGUCAGGAGGUUAUGGUCAAGUGCUUAGUGAACAGAGGGGCAUCUUCAGCUUUUACAGAUGCUGUAGAACGAACACCUCUGUUUCUAGCAUGCUGGAAUGGGCAUCUAGAGGUGGUCAAGCUCCUGAUUGAACAACAAGCUGAGGUGGACGUGAAGACGACUGAUGGACGGACACCACUUCAUGGAGCCGCAUGGAAUGGCCAUCUGGAGGUGGUCAAGUUCCUGGUUAAACAACAAGCCGAGAUGAAUGUGAAGACAACUGAGGGACGGACACCACUUUAUGAAGCACUGACAAAAUCAAAAAUUGAUAUAAACUCUAAGGACGCAUUUUACAGAACACCCAUUCAUCUCGCCAUCAGCCACGGUCAAUUUUCUAUAGCUAGGCUCCUUUUUGAGCACGCAUCGAAUCCUUCCAUUCUUGAUGGUUACGGUAAAAGUGCUCUGGACUGGGCUUGCAUGAACCCGAACAUAUUCACUCUGAUGUGGGAAUGGCGUUCCAUUUAUAUACCCACUUCCCAAAUGAUGCAAAUCCAAUCCUUACACCAAUCUAUUCGUCAAUUGUCAGAGCGUCUGCUCGAAACCAAGCUGAAAGGAACAUCUCCUGGCUUUUACGAACUGGGCCAUUGUCUAAUGUUUCUACAAGAGUUCGAGCAGGCCAACUUUAGCUUUCAGCAGCAAGUUGUUGAGUAUCCUCAAGUGGAUAAACUGCGAGCUUGUCAGAAUCAUGAAUUUCUUGAAGUAUCUUGCCCAAAUCCUCCCAUCCUGGAGACCAAGAGCAUCAAAAUAAUCUCUAAUGACGUUGAAGAAUGGUUGAGACGACUUGCGGCGCGUUACCCCGAGUAG